AUGGCUUCAAAUUUAGCAGGUAUUUGCGGAGGUCGAGUCAAAGCUCUUUGGCCGCUUCCAGCGGGCAGGCGGGCGUACCCAGCCCGCCUGCCGACCGCCUCGCACGGCGACCCGCUGACCCGGAGCGGGCGGCCCGGGCACCGCCGACCCAUCGCCCCGCAGCUCAGCUCAGCGGCCCGGCGGGGGAGGCAGGCCGCGCACCGGCCUCGGCCCCGGCCCUCCGGGACCACGGCGCCCCGGCCGCCGAGACGGCUCCCGCCGCCGCCGCGGGCGGCCAUCACCGUGCCAAUGCGCCCGGCGGGCCGAGCCGCCCUGGACUUUGAGACCGGCCGGAGACACCGCCCGCCGCGCUCCUGUCCCCCCUCACGGACGCCGGACCCGACCCGCCCUCCCCGCCGCCGGCGGGACUCUCCCCCUCUUACCGGAGCAGCCGGGAGGACGCACCGUGCGGCGGGGCCCGGAGCUAAGUCGGGCCUCGGCCAGCCCCGCGGCUUCCACCGAUGGCGAACCCCAGCCUCCGGGGACGGCGGCCCUGGCGGGCGGGCAGCGCUCCCCCGCCCGGGACGACGGCGGCGGCGCAGAGGGCCGCCGUGGCGGGGAAGGCGCGCGCGCCCAGACCGCGGCUCCGCCGGCGCCUCCUCACGCAGACAGACGCCCACCGGCCGCGGCUGCGGCAACCCCGGCCGCGGGACGCGCCCCGCACAAAGAUGGCCGCGCGGAGCGUCUCCGCCGCUCACGUGA